AUGGCGAAUCCGGCAGAUCGCCCCGGCACCAGCGAGACGAACCAGCAUGUACUGGGAAUUCCUCGACCCCCAUCGGUGGGAGGGAUUUCUUCUCGAGUCACUGAUAUUGCCUCAGAAGACGGAGAACAGUCGCCAUCCUACGCGUCGCCACCACCGUCACAACACCAGUCGCGCCCCUCAGCAUCGAGACGUGGGCCUCCUCCCACCAGAAACUCUGUGACUAGCAGACCUGGGAGCUCGGGUAGUCGUUUGAGUCGGACUCAUAUCCCCACAUUGACUGCCCAGGCUUUCUUCCGCCCGAUGAGCUCGCAGCGACUACAGGCACACCGAGGAGCGCGACCAAUGACCAAGGGGACCGUCUCCUCGACCGAUGAGUGGACUGAUCCCAAUAGCCACAAUCGCCGGAGCAUCAUCUCAAACAGCACGGCCCCGCAAGGAUCUCUCCCGACAGUGGAACAAGAUGCUCCGCCCUCUCGAGGCACAGAGUUCACAGACCCUAUCAUUCCGGACCGGAAUACCUCCAAUGCUAGUCCCACAGGUAAUACAACAAUUAGAAGUCUAGGCGAGAGUGUGAGACUGCUCCGAGAUCGAGAUCAAAGAACCAAACCGCACCCCGGUCAUCUCAACCUCAAUCCGACCUACAAUGCGCAAAACACGCAGGAUACACCCCCGAAAUCCCCGCUUUCCUUCCUGUCAUUGCAAAACAAGGGAGGUGCGCACAACAAUCAUGAUGCUCGGGGCCAUGAGCGUCUCUCGUCAGCAGGAUCAUCUCCGGGACCCAUGGAUGUGAAGAAACAGCGAUUUCCUCGGGGCGCCCUUGGCAAGAACUGGGAAUACUUCACUGGCAACACAUUCUUCUGCUUUGGAGGACGAUUCCAGAACUCCAGAGACAAACCCAUCAACAUCAUUACUGGACUCUUGGUGGUUAUUCCCUCCGCCCUUUUCUUUGCGUUUUCCGCUCCUUGGUUGUGGCAUAAUAUCUCUCCGGCUAUUCCCGUCGUCUUCGCGUACGUCUUCUACAUCUGCUUCUCGUCAUUUGUGCAUGCUUCGGUCGUCGAUCCAGGCAUCAUGCCUCGCAAUGUUCACUCUAUGCCUCCUACAAACCCAACAGAUGACCCCUUGGCACUGGGCCCACCAACUAACGACUGGGUUAUGGUCAAGCUCGCUACGUCCGAAGUCGCUGCAAUGGAUGUGCCUGUCAAGUAUUGCAAAACUUGCAGCAUCUGGCGGCCUCCUCGUUGCUAUCACUGCCGUGUUUGCGAUAACUGUGUCGAAACACUUGACCACCACUGUGUGUGGCUCAACAACUGUGUUGGACGCCGCAACUACCGCUAUUUCUUCGCCUUUGUCAGCUCCUGCACAAUUCUGGCCCUGUUUUUAAUCGGUGCUAGUCUUGCGCAUAUCUUGGCCUACAUGUCGCUCGAAGGUGUUUCUUUUGGAUCUGCGAUUUCCAAAUGGCGAGUGCCUUGGGCUAUGGUUAUCUAUGGUAUCGUCGCAGUGCCAUACCCGACGUCCCUGUGGGCAUACCACCUUUUCCUGGUUGGGCGCGGUGAAACGACGAGAGAAUAUCUCAAUUCCCACAAGUUUGCCAAAUCCGACCGCCACCGACCCUUCACUCAGGGCAACGUCAUCAGGAACUGGAUUGCCGUCCUAGGUCGCCCUAGGCCACCUACCUACAUGGAAUUCAAGAAUCCCUACGAAGAAGGAGACCAGCGUUUGGCCAUGCAAAAGCGCAAAUAUCUCCCUCGAGAUGUCGAGUCACAGGCAGGUAUUGAGAUGCAAAACGUUAGACCUCCUCAAUAG